UUUCUAACAUUUUUUUGUUUUAUAAAUGUUGCUGUUACAGUACGCUAUAAUACUUGUAAACAUUAUCGAGAUUAUUUAAUUUAUGGCCUCAGUAAAAACUGCUAUUAUGAACCAGACAUGGACUUAGAACCGGACCAACUAAUAAAGAAAUAUACAGGAAAUGGUGAAACUCACACAGUGACUACCGAAGAUGGUUACAUCUUAACCAUAUUUAGGAUAAAUCGAAAUAACCCUAGAGGUGUCAUCUUAUUACAACAUUCUUUAACCGUUGACUCUAGAGUUUGGAUAGGCCAAGGAAAAGAAAAGUCGUUAGCAUUUUAUUUGUGGAAUGCCGGUUACGAAAUAUGGGUAAGCAAUUGUCGUGGGACCCAAUAUUCUCAAAAGCACACAACACUUUCAGUGUCCGAUUACCGUUAUUGGAAUUUUAGUUUUCACGAAAUUGGCUUCUAUGACCUUCCCAGUCAGAUCAACUUAAUCAAAAAAGUAUCCGGAUUUUCUCAGAUCAUUUAUAUUGGUCAUUCUCAAGGUGCUUCAGCUGGUCUAGUCUAUAGUUCGCUUAAACCUGAUGAAGCAAAGGAAUCUGUAAAAUUUUUCAUUUUUAUGUCAACCCCUUGUUACUAUAUGCAUCAGACAAGUCCAACGAGAUAUCUGAUUCCUUUCGAAUCUGCGAUAACGGCGACAGUUAACAAUUUAAAAUUGGGAAACGCGUUGUUCUUUUUACCUGUUGACAAAAUAUCAAGGCAGGUAUUUCGAAGCUUGCCGUUGACGUUAUAUCUGGUGAAGUAUGCUCUAGCAUUUUUCUUUGGAUGGGCGCCAAAUCAAGCAGACCCGACUAUUCUCAAUCUAGAUGGUGGAAUUUACCUUAAAGAAUUUUCCUGGUAUCUAAUGUUACAUUAUCUGCAACUAGCAAAAGCUAAAAUGAGAUUUCAAAGAUUUGAUUAUGGCAAAAGAAGAAAUUUGAGAUAUUAUGGUACAGAAAAACCUCCCGCUUAUCCUUUGGAACGUGUAUCAGUUCCAAUAUAUUUUGUAUCUAGUUACCAAGAUUCACUGACUAGUUUACAGGAUACUGACUUGUUAAUUGAAACCUUAAAGAAUACGACUACAAUCUACGGGCACUGGAAGGUAAAGGGUUUAAGCCAUAUGGAUUAUCAUUUUGGACGUCAAAAAAAGGAAUUGUUUUAUGAUCAAUUAGUAGAAGUUAUCAACAAACAUUCAAAACCCGAAAGAUAAUCUAGAAAAUUGACGUAUUUAAAUGAAAUUUGUUAAUGAAGAU